AUGAAAAGUGCUUGUUCACCUGCAGCGAUAAUCGGAACAGUGCCAUGCACCCUACCCUAUUGGUUUUCUCAUCUCGUAUCUCUCGUACAGCACGUAUCUCUCGUACGCCACGUAAUAUUUACCCCAACUUUGCUACUGGAAUACUGUAAAAUACAAGGGGAAACGAUGACGGAUGGAGGCUACCAUGCCACCAUAGCUACCGGAGCUUACCACGCUACCAUAGCUACGUCACCACUAUUGCUCGAAAUGAAUAUUUCAGCCUCGAUGGCUAGAGAAGGACACAAUCAGGACAUCAUAAUUCACUAUUUCAAUUUCUGA